CCGGGUCACUCGGCUUGUCCGCCAGUUAGCAACAGUAGCGCCUACCAGAGAAAUAAAAGCUAACGUUUAGGAUGUUUUAGGCUGAAAUAAACAUUUGCUUCGCUCUCACUAAGCAGGCGAGGGCACAAAAGACAUGUGUUUACAAAGGAGAUUGUAGUGAACAUAUUAAAAACUAACAAUCUACUUUACCAGGCUGGAGCGGGUUAGCAUGCUACAUGUACUUAGCAUUCAGUAGAUACACCAAGCUGGAUUAAAGUUGACUAAAUCGCAACCGAAGGCACGCGAGGAUGUCGGACUCUGACAGUGACGAGGAUCAAGAUCGUCCUUUCUCCAUCACUGGCUUCCUCUUUGGAAACAUCAACGAAGAUGGACAGCUGGAGGACGACAGUGUUUUAGACAAUGAGUCCAAAAAGCAUCUAGCUGGUUUGGGUACUCUGGGUCUGGGCUCGCUCAUCACAGAGAUUACUGCUAAUGAAGAUGAUGAUCAAGCGGAAAACAGAGACCCUGGUAGUGUUGACGAAGAAGGUUGGGUGCAAAGCACUGAAGAUGCAGUUGAUUAUUCUGACAUCAGUGAGGUUGCUGAGGAUGAGACAAAGAAGUACCGUCAGGCCAUGGGGUCUUUGCAGCCGUGCAGGAAAACAGAUGAUGAUGAUGACUAUGAUGCCGACUGUGAGGAUAUUGAUUCUAAGCUCAUGCCUCCUCCACCACCACCAAGUCUCGCAACAGGUGCUAAGAAAGAUGAACCAUCCUCUCAGCCUGCAAACGUCGGUGAAGAGGGUGAUGGCAUCAUCCUGCCCUCCAUUAUUGCACCAUCCUCCACGGCUGAUAAGGUUGACUUCAGCAGCUCCUCAGACUCUGAGUCUGAAACUGAUCGUCCCUGUCAGGGGUCCGGGGCUGGAGGGUCCCCAAACAGGCUCAAUCUCCCUCUUGCUGGCAUCAUGCAGAAGGAUGCAGCCAAAGCACUGCCAGGUGUCACAGAGCUCUUCCCAGAGUUUAGGCCUGGAAAGGUGCUUAGGUUCUUGCGACUGUUUGGUCCUGGGAAAAGCAUGCCGUCUGUUUGGAGGAGUGCCCGCAGGAAGAAGAAGCGGAAGCACCGGGACCAUCAGCCUGGGACGCCUCCUCCAGAAGGAGAACCCACAGAGCAAAGCCUGGAGAAGAAGUCUGGAUGGAUAUAUGAGUAUGCAACCCCUCCACCACCAGAGCAGUGUCUCUCUGAUGAUGAGAUAACCAUGAUGGCUCCAGUAGAAUCUAAGUUCUCACAGACCUGUGGUGAUGGGGACAAAGAGACAGAGUCUCGACCUAAAGUAGCAGAAUGGAGAUAUGGUCCAGCCCAGCUCUGGUACGACAUGCUCGGUGUCCCUGAGGACGGAAGCCAUUUCACCUAUGGGUUCAAGCUAAAAGAAAAGCAGUCCAGUGAGCCUCAGAAGCAAGACGCACCUAAAGAAAUAACAGAGCCUUCUCAAGAGUUUCAAAGGCAAGAAGACGAUAAUGAUGAUAACGAGGAUCAAGAGAAAAACAGAGCAGACCCUGAGAACGAGCUCUUCCUGAUGGUCACUCAGCUGCAAUGGGAAGACGAUAUCAUCUGGAAUGGGGAGGACAUAAAACACAAGGGCACCAAGACUCAGCGAGCCAGCCUGGCAGGAUGGCUACCCUCUAGUAUGACCCGCAAUGCCAAUGCUUACAAUGCUCAGCAGGGUCUGACAAGAAGUAAUUCACAGUUGGUGCCACCUACACCUCCACCAAUGCCCAAAGCUUCUUCAAUCUCCGGCUCCAAGCGGGACAAAAAUAGCCACGAUAAUCAUGCCUUACACGAAGAUGAUUGUCCCUGGUUCUCCAUUUUUCCUAUUGACAAUGAAGAGUUAGUGUAUGGACGCUGGGAGGACAACAUUAUCUGGGAUGACCAGGAGAUGGAUUACUUCCUCGCACCACCAGUUCUCACACUGGAUCCAAAUGAUGAGAAUAUAAUUCUUGAGAUUCCAGAUGACAAGGAGAAAACGAUGUCUCACUCCCCCUCAAAAGAAAAUAAGAAGGAAACCGCAAUCAAAAAGAGCCGCAUCCUGCUGGGGAAGACUGGGGUGAUAAAAGAUGAGCCACAGCAGAACAUGUCCCAGCCGGAAGUGAAGGACCCGUGGAACCUCUCCAAUGACGAGUUCUACUAUCCCAAACAGCAGGGCCUGAGGGGGACUUUUGGUGGAAACAUCAUUCAGCACUCCAUCCCGGCGCUUGAGCUCAGGCAACCCUUCUUCCCCACUCACAUGGGGCCCAUGAAGCUGCGGCAGUUCCAUCGACCGGCUCUGAAGAAGUACUCAUUUGGAGCAUUGGCUCAGCCGGGUCCUCAUCCUGUCUCGCCACUGCUCAAACACAUCAAGAAGAAGGCCAAGAUGAGAGAGCAGGAACGUCAGGCAUCGGGAGGAGGAGACAUGUUCUUCAUGAGAACGCCACAAGACUUGACGGGCAAAGAUGGAGAUCUGAUCCUGGCAGAGUACAGUGAAGAAUAUUCCCCCCUCAUCAUGCAAGUAGGCAUGGCAACCAAGAUCAAGAACUACUACAAAAGGAAACCUGGAAAGGAUCCCGGAGCUCCUGACUGUAAAUAUGGAGAGACUGUGUACUGCCACACAUCUCCUUUCCUGGGUUCUCUGCAUCCUGGACAGCUGCUUCAGGCGUUUGAAAACAACCUUUUCCGUGCACCAAUCUACCUGCACAAGAUGCCAGAGACUGAUUUCUUGGUUCUACGGACGCGCCACGGCUACUACAUCAGAGAGAUUGUGGACAUUAUUGUGGUCGGUCAGGAGUGCCCUUUGUUUGAGGUUCCUGGGCCUAACUCGAAACGAGCCAAUACCCACAUCAGAGAUUUCCUUCAGGUGUUCAUUUAUCGCUUGUUCUGGAAGAGCAAGGAUCGGCCCCGCAGAAUCCGCAUGGAGGAUAUAAAGAAAGCUUUUCCCUCACACUCGGAGAGUAGCAUCAGGAAACGACUUAAACUUUGUGCCGACUUCAAACGUACAGGGAUGGACUCUAACUGGUGGGUGCUGAAGCCUGACUUCAGAUUACCCACAGAAGAAGAGAUCAGAGCCAUGGUGUCUCCAGAGCAGUGUUGUGCUUACUACAGCAUGCUGGUGGCAGAGCAGAGACUCAAGGAUGCUGGAUAUGGUGAGAAAUCCUUCUUUGCUCCAGAGGAGGAGAACGAAGAAGACUUUCAAAUGAAGAUUGAUGAUGAGGUGCGGACAGCUCCAUGGAACACAACAAGAGCUUUCAUUUCUGCCAUGAAGGGGAAAUGUCUGCUGGAGGUUACAGGUGUGGCUGAUCCUACAGGCUGUGGAGAGGGUUUCUCCUACGUCAAAGUUCCCAACAAACCCACUCAACAAAAGGAUGACAAAGAGCCACAGCCCGCCAAGAAGACGGUAACGGGGACAGACGCCGACCUCAGGAGACUCUCGCUGAAAAACGCCAAGCAGCUGCUGCGCAAGUUUGGUGUUCCAGAGGAAGAAAUCAAAAAGCUCUCUCGCUGGGAGGUUAUUGACGUGGUGAGGACCAUGUCCACAGAGCAGGCACGUUCAGGUGAGGGACCCAUGAGCAAAUUUGCCCGAGGGUCCCGUUUCUCUGUUGCUGAACACCAGGAGCGCUACAAGGAGGAGUGCCAGAGGAUCUUUGACCUGCAGAACAAGGUAUUAGAAUCGACAGAGGUGCUCUCCACAGACACAGACAGCAGCUCAGCAGAAGACAGUGACUUUGAGGAAAUGGGGAAGAACAUUGAGAACAUGCUGCAGAACAAGAAGACCAGCUCCCAGCUUUCCCGCGAGAGGGAAGAGCAGGAGAGGAAGGAACUGCAGCGGAUGCUUAUGGGGGAGGAGAGUGACAACAAGGGACGCAAGGAGCGGCGGAAAGGCUUGUCGAGUUCCUUGUCCACCAGCUCACACAAGGAUGACGACACGUCCUCCGUCACAAGCCUGAACUCCUCAGCCACAGGAAGGCGGCUCAAGAUCUAUCGCACCUUCAGGGAUGAAGAUGGCAAGGAAUAUGUCCGCUGUGAGACAGUACGGAAGGCUUCAGUCAUUGACGCCUACACCAGGAUCAGAACCACCAAGGAUGAUGAAUUCAUACGGAAGUUCGCCCUCUUUGACGAGCAGCACCGAGAAGAGAUGAGGAAGGAGCGCAGGCGUAUUCAGGAGCAGUUGAGGAGACUGAAGAGAAACCAAGAGAAGGACAAGAUCAAGGGUCCUCCAGAGAAGAAGGCCAAGAAGGUCAAGGAGAGACCAGACCUCAAGGUAAAACUAAAGUGCGGAGCAUGUGGAGCCAUAGGACACAUGAGGACAAACAAGUUCUGCCCACUGUACUAUCAGACCAACGCCCCACCUUCUAACCCAGUUGCCAUGACAGAGGAGCAAGAGGAGGAGCUGGAAAAGACAGUUAUCCACAAUGACAACGAGGAACUGAUCAAAGUGGAGGGCACAAAGAUCGUCCUGGGCAAACAACUCAUUGAGAGUGCUGAUGAGGUGCGCAGGAAGUCCUUAGUGCUCAAGUUCCCCAAACAACAGCUCCCACCAAAGAAGAAGAGACGCGUCGGCAGCGCUGUGCACUGUGACUAUCUUAACAAACCACACAAGGCCAUCCACCGCAGACGCACUGACCCCAUGGUGACCUUGUCCUCUGUGCUUGAGAGUGUCAUCAAUGAUAUGCGGGAUCACCCCAACACGUACCCGUUCCACACACCAGUAAAUGCUAAGGUGGUGAAGGACUACUACAAGAUCAUCACUCGACCCAUGGACCUGCAGACGCUGAGGGAGAAUGUACGCAAACGAAUGUACCCAUCAAGGGACGAGUUCCGUGAAGCAGUGGAGGUCAUAGUCAAAAACAGUGCCACCUACAAUGGGGCAAAGCAUCCGAUAACGCAGGUGGCACAGUCCAUGCUGGACCUGUGCGAUAUUAAACUGAAAGAGAAGGAGGACAGACUGGUGAGGCUGGAGAAAGCCAUCAACCCUCUGCUGGAUGACGACGAUCAGGUGGCCUUCUCGUUCAUCCUGGACAAUAUCGUGACCCAGAAAAUGAUGGUGGUUCUCGAUUCAUGGCCGUUCCAUCAUCCUGUAAACAAAAAGUUUGUACCUGAUUAUUAUAAGGUGAUUGUAUGCCCUAUGGAUCUGGAGAGCAUUCGCAAGAACAUCUCCAAACACAAAUACCAGAACCGAGAUGCUUUCCUCUCAGAUGUCAGUCUCAUCCACGCCAACAGUAUCAAGUACAAUGGUCCAGACAGUCCGUACACAAAGACAGCCCUGGAGAUCACCAAUGUGUGCAAGCAGACCUUGGCAGAGUAUGACGAGCACUUGACCCAGUUGGAGAAGGACAUCUCGACGGCUAAAGAGGCAGCUCUAGAUGCUGCAGACCUGGAGAGUCUGGACCCAAUGACUCCUGGACCUUACACACCGCAGGUAGGAGAGCAGCCAGGACCAAGGUUUUAUCAAAUACCUGCUGAUCUGUUUGACAGCGGGGCUUCAGGGAGUCUGCCCAGAGAGCCCAGCAGCCUGUUCUCUGAGGGACCUCUAGUGGUUGCUUCAGAGAAGAGAGGGGGGCAGGGACGCCACAUGAGGCGACCUGGGGAGGAGGAGUCAGAUGUGGACAUUGAAGGCUUUGAAGAGGACGAUGACGGAAAACCAAAGACUCCUGCUCCGGCAGAGGACGCUGAAGGAGAUCUGGAGGACGAAGACGACGACGAUGAGAUGUUGCUGCCCCCUCGCAGACGGCUGCACGACCAUGAGGAUGAAGAUGAGUAUGAAGAUGAUGAGGGAGAGGACGGACGCUCUAACCGCCCUGCCCAAGCCAGCGUGCUGUACCAGGAUCUGCUCAUGUCUGACGGAGAGGAUGAUGCCAGCGAAGAGGAGGGCGACAACCCUUUCUCCUCCAUUCACCUGUCCGAGAGUGGUAGUGACUCCGACAGAGAGGUGGAUGUACGACCUCCACCUCCACAGAGAGCUCAAGAUACUGCACGCAUGGGAAUGGAGCAGGACGAGAGCAUGAUGUCGUACGACGGGCCUGAUGAGCCUCACAUGGAAGACAGCAACGUCAGUUACGGCAGCUAUGAGGAGAUGGAGAGCCAGAGUCAGAUGCAGCCCUUGGGCAUGGGAAAUGGAGAAGAAUAUGGCAUCAGCGAGGAGGAGGAGGAAGAUGAAGAAGAUGAAGCACGUAGGAGAGGCCCAGCUGUGCUCUCCCAGGUCCAACUCAGUGAAGACGAGGAGAGUGAAGAGUUCAGAUCAAUCGGGGGAGACAGCGACAUGGACUCUGACAACUAGUUAACUUUUUUUUUAAUGCGCAUUAUCACAGAAAGAUUGUUUUAAAAUCAAGAAAGAGAGAUUUCUCGGGUGAACAUAUUGUACAUUUUUGUUUAUAGCUUCCUUGUGUUUUCUUAUCCCUGCACCUCUGGGGUCAAAUUCUCAGUAGCUUUUUUAUAUGUAAGAUGACAGUUGUCUACAAUGAUGUACCUUGAUCUUGAAGUGUGUGUCCCAUUGUUAUCUGCUGUUUAAAGUCAUUUAAUAUCCUGUGCUCAAUAAAGACUCAGCAGCUCUGUUAUAUCUGCCCAGUGCUAACAUGAAAAAUAGAAUAAACUCAAUGA